ACACCGGAAAAGCUCACACAGGGCGGGGCGUUUUUAAAAAAUUGUGGACUGUUGAUGACUCUCCUAUUUCAGGCGUCUUUAUUUUUGUUGGUAUCAUCUUGUUUGUGAAGAAGAAGAAAAAAUGUCUUCAAAAAUUCCAAGAGCACCACACUUGCCGGUACUUGCAGAAACAAAGAAAAACGUCCAAAAACAGGAACCCAAAGACGCGGCAGCACAACCUACAGCAGCCAACACUGUCCACAAACCGGAGGGGAUCCUUAAGGGACAAAAGGAAAAUAUGCCAAAGAAAAAUGUUGCUCCUAAAAUUCACAAAGGGAUCUCGACCAGGUACGGGCAACAGGCUGAGCUGAAGGAACAAAAUCAGCACCUGAUGGGCGUUAAUGAGGGGCUACAGAAAAACCUGUCUGAGACGCAGCAAAGAGUUACAGAGCUGGAGCUACAAAUCAGCAAACUUCAAAAUGAGAACUUAGAGAUGAAGAAAAACUUACACGACUGUCACGUUCUUCUCGUUUCAGCCAAAAUAGAUCCAGGAAAUCCAGACAAUGAUGGAGGACAUCUCUAAAACACGACAAGUCAUGAAGCGGGAACAGGAGAGCUUCUCACAGCAGGCGGCUGAAAUGGAGAACGCUCUAAAAGAAGCAGAAACUCUUUUACAGUAA